AAAUCCAUUAGUCUCUGGCUGGAAAAAUGAAAGCGGGAUCGAUCAAUUUCUAAAGAAGAUCAUCUAAGUAUUUGCGUCAGUACUUGGUUGCUACUAGUGACCGUUUAUCAACUGCGUUCUAACACGAUUAAAUGUUCGACGAAAGGUAAUUAAAUUUCUUUUGAACGCAAACUGAUCAAAACGAAGUGGUCUUUCGUCUUUUACAAGAUCAUGAACAUUUCUGCCAUUAUUUCUUCUCCCAUUCAAUGGACAAGUUCGUGGUUAUCACCACUGACACUUUUCUUGUUCGUUUGCGUCUUUCUUCUCUGUCUCGUCAUCAUUGGACUUAUCGCUAACAUAACUGUUUGCGUCGUGAUGCUUCGAGGCGGACGCUUUAAGAAACACCUCUCAAACUUCAUGCUCUUUCAUCUUUCGAUUACAGACAUUGCUUAUCGCCUGAUUAUUGUACCCGGCCAGGGGGCUUCCAUAUUUUACCCGUUUGAAACCAAGCCGACGAUGUUCUGUAAAGUCGCCAAAACCUUUCUCUACACGUUCAACAGUGCAGUUUUUACAAGCUUGGUUGUUAUCGCCUUCGACAGGCAUCAGAGCAUCACAAGACCAUUUCAGCGUUUGAAACACAAACCCAAAUUCUACCGAUGUCUCUUGGCGGUUUGGGUAUAUUCCAUUGUAUGCGCGUUGCCGCAGAUGCACAGCAGUGGAAAUGGAACGCACGCCGUCAACUUCACUCUCUCUGCCAAAGGAACAAACUAUACCUACGCCUUACACUUGUGUGUUUCGUCAGGGGCAGGUUCAGCUCAAAGAAUAGUGGCAUUAAUUUAUUUCAUUCUAGGAUUUCUCGUACCGCUGGUAAUGAUAACUGUAGCCUACUCUAAAAUCUCCGUCUUCCUGUGGAGAAAAAGUCGUAAUCGCAUCAUUAAUCAAGCCGCUUUGAAAUCGAAGGGAAAGGCACUUCGCAUGCUUGUGUUGGUAGUCCUUGGUUUUGUGGUCUGCUUAGGAGUACCACAAUUAUACGACUUGACGAAGUCGCUCGGAGUUAAGGACCAAGCAGCAAUUGCCGUUCUCUCUGUAAUACUUCAACUAUCAAGUUCUGUCAUCAAUCCUGUGAUAUACGGUUUAUAUUCUGCCGAAUUCAAACAGGGGCUCAAACGAGGGACAUAAUCCUCUAUUCCAUGGUGGCGCUGAGGGAAACACGUUGCACUUUAACACGCGCUUUACACGGAUGCUAACGCGAGUAGCAAACAGGAAACCUAAUGAAUUAUAUUCGGGAAGAAGGACAAUUGAAGAACUUUACUUCAAGGAGCCGUAAGAUGUGCCAACACUUUUGAUAUAUCAUGUCAUAUACCGCGGAUAUGGAAGCACGAGCUUGGAAAAGAUUCUACCUUGCAGAGCUACGUUUACCGGAGAAAUGUGAAUUGUUUUUCCUUCGUUUUUGUUCCUUUUUAUUUCUUUCUUAUAGUGAUGUGUAAAGGUUAAAUUACGAAUUCAGAACUGGGCUCUCUCGACAAAGUCAGUUUCCACUUUUCCAUUUUUAUCAUUUUCACUCUAACCACGCAUCAAGAUCACCUUCUGACUCAUUGUUGACACUCUUCACCCUUUUUUGUCUCGCGUUUUGUUGGGGUUAAUGUUGUUAUUGUUAAAAGCCUCUGACAGCGUUUAAUCUUGCCCACAUCAGUAAGAACCUGACAGUAUGAGAUAUUAAAUGCAAUGGUCAUUGUUAAUUUACUUGAAGUCCAAUCACUCAGGAGUUAAACGGAGACGAAAUUCAAACACUACUUCAUCAAUCUUUUGAUUCUAAGACAGAAGUCAUCCUUUGAAUUUUUAAUGAAGUACG